CAGGAGCCGCGGCGACAGUCACGAGCUCAGAUGGAAGUCCCGGCAGCAGCCGUGGUCACAGCGGUGAAAAAGCCGUGUGAGGGGACGAACAAUAAGUAGUGCGGUGGCAACGGGGUGCUCCUCCAGUUUGCUGCAGUGCACCACUCGGGUGCCUGCUGCAUACCGCUACAGAGUUUGGUUUCUUUCCCCGAUCCCAAACUCCUGUGUGCUCACCAACACGACUUUCAGCUAGUUAAUCAUUCGGUAAUUUAUUCCCGUUUAGCAGAUCUUAACAGAUUCGUAGCAAAAUUGUGUAUUGUUUAAUGAAAAUAGAAGGUAUCACUGCUAGAUCGUCAGCAGUGGCACUUUGCUGUGUGCUCAAAAGGAAAGCAGGGCUUUCCCCAGCUUGCAAAGAGCUCUGAAACCUGUUGGAAUAGUUAGUCGUGCCAUUUGGUGGAUUGGAUAUAAGGACCAAAACUUUAUUAUAAGGGUGGUGAGGCGCUGGAACAGGUUGCCCAGAAGGAUGAUGAAUGCCUCAUCCCUGGAGACGCUCAAGGUCAGGCUGAAUGGGGCUGUGAGCAACCUGAUCUGCUAUAGGUGUCCCUGUUCAUUGCAGGAGGGUUCUACUGAAUGUCCUUUAAGGGUACCUACCAAUUCAGUUUCUUGAUUCUUUGAUGCCUCAUUCUAGAUCAGCAGAGCCAGGCAGCCCAGGAAAACACACACAAUAUUUCUUAGUUUUCUUUUACCUGUUUCACAUACUUAUACACUUCCUUUCUGACUUUGACUUCAUUUCUGAUCAAUCUUAACAUUUGACUGCAUAGCCCAAAUAAUUUUAACAUUUGUUUCUUCUUUUUUUUCUUUUUCUCUCUUUUUUUUUCUUUUUUUUUUCAAGUCGAUAGUUCCAUAUGCUGCAAUGCCAGGCUUGCAAAAACUGUCUGAUGCUGAAUGUUUCUACAUCAUAUUAAACAGCCAUUGCCAAGGGGUGGAAGUUGCAUACCUACCAGCUGCUUCCAUUUUCAUAUCUGGUCAAGGGUAAAUAGGCACUGAGGAGUGGCAUUCCCAAUAGCUGCAUGACAGGUGAUGGAGGGAGAUGUCUGAACCAAAUAUUGGCUUACCUGAUCAAGUAGUUGGCAACCCUGCCUAUGGCAGGGAGGUUGGAGUUCUAGGAUUUUUAAAGUCCUUUCCAAUCUAAGCCAUUCAGUGACUGCCUCCCUCCCCCAUGUGUUUCCUGCCCCUAUCACAAGGGCUGCCUGUUGGAGAUUGGGACUGAAUAAUAUCACUUCUGUAUUUUUCAGUGUUUCUGUGCCAAAUGUCUCCACCGUUUGUUUGAAAAUCUGAUAUCCUGGGUGUUUCUUGACAUGCAUCCAUCUGUGGCCCAAUGUGCCAUCCUUGGGGCUGCUUUGCCUGCUUGCCAUGCUCUUCUCUGGUCUUGCUCACCUCACUCAGCAGAAAACUGUCCCCUCUUCUGGAUGAACUAAUAGAUUGACUUUGUGGAGUCCUGUGGAGGUUUUCCUGGCUUUUGGAUCUAGGGAAGAGUGAGUAGCAGGAAAACAGUCAGAGAAGUAAAGAAACCAGCAGAAAGUAAACAUGAUUUAUGGCAACAACAGAACUAUUAUCAGAUAAGUUUGUGCAGUCAUCUGUAGAAUCUGUCUAAAUAAUAACGGAGUGUUUUAGCACUGUGCGUGGUGUCAUUUUAAAUAAUUGAAAAUGCCAUGCUUUAAUGCACUAAUGUAAAACAGAUUUUAUCAUUUCUUAAUAUGUUAAUGUUUUCCUGUCUUUCAGGCUGAAGGUGGCCCUUUGUAAGGGUUAAUCAUCCGUCAAAUAUUUAAUAAUUGUUUGUUCAGAAAAUUUCCUGCAUUGUUCAUGGAGUUUUUCAUCAGUAUGUCUGAAACCAUUAAAUAUAAUGAUGACGAUCACAAAACUGUGUUCUUGAAAACAUUAAAUGAACAACGUUUGGAAGGAGAAUUUUGUGACAUAGCUAUCGUGGUUGAAGAUGUUAAAUUCCGAGCACAUAGGUGUGUGCUUGCAGCCUGCAGUACCUACUUCAAAAAGCUUUUCAAAAAACUAGAGGUCGAUAGUUCCUCAGUAAUCGAAAUAGAUUUUCUUCGUUCUGAUAUUUUUGAGGAAGUUCUUAAUUACAUGUACACCGCAAAGAUUUCUGUUAAGAAGGAAGAUGUAAAUUUGAUGAUGUCUUCAGGCCAGAUUCUUGGUAUUCGUUUUCUGGAUAAACUCUGCUCUCAAAAACGUGAUGUAUCUAGUCCUGAGGAGAACACACAGUCCAAGAGCAAGUACUGUCUGAAAAUAAACCGUCCUAUUGGGGAACCUAAUGAUACCCAGGAUGAUGAGGUAGAAGAGAUUGGAGAUCACGAUGACAGUCCAUCGGAUGUGACAGUGGAAGGAACUCCCCCCAGUCAGGAAGAUGGGAAAUCACCAACCACUACCCUGAGAGUUCAGGAGGCGAUUCUGAAGGAGUUGGGAAGUGAAGAGGUUCGAAAGGUAAACUGCUAUGGCCAAGAAGUGGAGCCUAUGGAAACAACGGAGUCAAAAGACUUAGGAUCUCAAACCCCUCAGGCUUUGACAUUUAAUGAUGGCAUAAGUGAAGUGAAAGAUGAACAGACGCCAGGCUGGACGACAGCAGCUGGGGAUAUGAAGUUUGAAUAUCUGCUUUAUGGUCAUAGGGAACACAUUGUAUGUCAGGCUUGUGGUAAGACCUUUUCUGAUGAGGCACGACUGAGAAAACAUGAAAAGCUACACACUGCUGAUAGACCAUUUGUUUGUGAAAUGUGUACAAAGGGCUUUACCACACAAGCUCAUUUGAAAGAGCAUCUGAAAAUACACACAGGUUACAAGCCUUACAGUUGCGAGGUAUGUGGAAAGUCUUUUAUUCGUGCACCGGACUUAAAAAAGCAUGAAAGAGUUCACAGUAAUGAGAGGCCAUUUGCAUGCCACAUGUGCGAUAAAGCUUUCAAGCACAAGUCCCACCUCAAAGACCAUGAAAGAAGACACCGGGGAGAGAAACCUUUUGUCUGCAGUUCCUGCACUAAAGCAUUUGCUAAAGCAUCAGAUCUAAAGAGGCAUGAGAACAAUAUGCACAGUGAAAGAAAACAAGUUACUACAGCCAAUUCCAUCCAGAGUGAAACAGAACAGUUACAGGCAGCAGCUAUGGCUGCUGAAGCAGAGCAGCAAUUAGAAACUAUAGCUUGUAGUUAAAAAAAAGAAAGAAAGAAAGAAAGAAAAA